AUGUCGGCCGCCGAAAGGAAAUUGCGGGGUCUAAAAAACCGCAAACGCAGCAUCACGACUUCCUUCGCUGGGAUUGUUAACUUCGUCAACGAGUUUCAACAAGAACGCGAUGCAGUCGAGGUUCCAGUCAGGCUGGAAAAUUUUGUUGAACUUUGGAAGGAGUUCAAUGCCGUUCAGCAGGAGCUCGAGAUAAUGGAGGAUUCUGGAGACGACAAAACAUUGCAGGAGUAUCUCAAGGAGCGCACGGAUUUUGAGAGGAACUACUACCGGAUCAAAGGUACUCUGCUUUUGUAUGCUAAGCCGUCCCCUGAAUUACAUGACACUACUCGUCGUUCUGCGGAACCCUCCCACCAAAUGAACAUUAAACUACCUGAUGUGAAAAUCCCAAUUUUCAAUGGCAAUUUUGAUAAUUGGCUAAAUUUUCACGAUUUAUUCGUUUCGCUCAUUCAUUCUUCAACGAGCCUAUCAACAAUUCAAAAAAUUUACUAUUUGCGCUCUUCUUUAGCUGGCGAAGCGCUCAAAAUUAUACAAACUAUCCCUAUUAGCAACGAUCAAUAUCAAGUUGCAUGGAAUAUGCUAGUAGAUCAUUUUCAAAACCCCAGAAGGCUCAAACGCACUUACGUGCAAUCUCUUUUUGAAUUCCCUUGCCUGAAACGCGAGUCUCCAGCAGAACUACAUACACUUAUCGAAGGUUUCGAGGCAAAUGUGAAAAUAUUGAAACAGUUGGGCGAGGCAACUGAACAUUGGGAUGCCUUACUCAUUCAUCUACUCAGCGUUCGGCUAGAUCCGAUUACUAGAAGGGAUUGGGAAGAAUAUGCAGAAAAUGAAAACAUUGAUCAAUUCCCUAAGCUUGUCGAGUUUCUCCAACGUAGGGUAAACGUCCUGCAAACAGUUUCCACUAAGCCUUCUACGUCGCAACAACCUAGUUUCCCAGCAAAGAAGCCAGCUUUUCCACGAGUUAGCAAUUAUGGUAGUGUACAGAAUAGUGGAUUUCAACGCAAUUGUUUCGCCUGCUCUGGUCAGCACAACAUUUAUCAAUGUGCUUCAUUCAACAAUAUGUCCGUCGAUGAAAGGGAAAACGUUGUCCGCCGUAAUCAAUUAUGUCGAAAUUGUUUGCGCCGUGGGCACUUAGCCAAAACUUGUUCCUCUGAGUCUAGUUGUCGCAAUUGUAAUAGUCGUCAUCAUACCAAACUCUGUUCGCCUCAAAGGUUCGAAAAUAAACCAGCUCAAAACAUUAGAUCAAACAAACCUAGUCCACCCAUUCCGAAACCUGAUAAUCAAGCAUCUGAUUCUUCCGUUGCACAUUCUGGAGUCACUAGCUGCAGUUCGCAUGGUUCAACCUCUCGUAAAGUGCUUCUUGCUACUGCUGUCAUUUUAAUGGUUGAUGAUACCGGAAACGAAUACCCCGUCCGUGCAUUAUUGGAUUCUGGAAGCGAAUGUUGCUUCAUAGCCGAGCGUGUUAGUCAGCGUAUGAAGGUGCAGCGGAAUAGAGUGGAUGUUCCUAUUGCAGGCAUAGGACAGUCGUCAACAUGUGUUCGUUCAAAACUCCGUUCAACGUUCAAGUCGCGGAUUUCAAGCUUCAAGGCCACCGUUGAUCUAUUCGUUUUGCCGAAGGUUACCGUAGACUUGCCGACUAUUUCCAUAGACGCUUCCGCAUGGGAAAUACCUACAGGAAUUCAACUAGCCGACCCUGCCUUUUAUGAAUCAGCUAAAAUCGAUGUGGUGCUUGGUGCUGAUGUCUUCUUUGACCUCUUCAACGUUCCUGGACGAAUUUCUAUGGGUGAUUCAAUGCCACAUCUGGUAAACUCUGUGUUCGGAUGGAUAAUCUCGGGAAAGGUUCCUGAAAGGAAGGUCAACGCUCCUCUAAUUUGCAAUGUAGCGACUACCGCUGAUUUACAUCGAGAUAUGGAACGAUUUUGGCUCCUCGAAACUGAUGAUUCUCCUGCUUAUUCGCCCGAUGAAAUUUUAUGCGAAAAAUUAUUCGUCGAAUCGGUUUCACGUUCAUCCAGUGGUCGCUAUAUGGUUCGCUUAACUAUGAAGCAAGAUGUUUUGAAAAAUUUAUGCGAUAAUCGGAGAACUGAUUUGCAUCGAUUUCGUCUUCUAGAAGGUCGCCUCAAACGAAGUCCUCAACUAGCAAUUCAGUAUCGUGAAUUCAUGGACGAUUAUAUCAACCUGGGGCACAUGAAACAAAUAGAUGAUUCCUCAAUCGAUCACCAACCGUCUUUCUUUCUUCCUCACCACCCGGUGGUUCGAGAACAAAGCAGCACAACAAAACUAAGAGUCGUAUUCGACGCCUCUUGUAAGAGCUCAUCUGGAAUUUCUUUGAACGAUGCUAUGCUGGUCGGUCCGACCAUUCAAGAUGACCUUAGGUCAAUUAUUUUGCGAUCUCGAAUUCAUCCCAUUUUGAUUGUUGCCGAUGUUGCCAAAAUGUUCCGGCAAAUUGAAUCCAUCCAAACGACACACCCCUUCAGAGAAUUUUCUGGCGGUCAGAUCCCGAACAAGAAGUUCAAAUCUUCGAAUUAA